CCUGAACACAUCACAAGCUAAUUCUCUGUGAUCAUUUAGAUCGCUGAGACUUUAAACACUGAAAGAUCUUUGGAGGAAUGAAUGCCAUGGACAACAUGACUGCUGACUACAGCCAAGACGACUACGAUGAGGCAGCAAACAACUCAAUGUGUGACUUUGACGAGUGGGAACCGUCAUAUUCGCUGAUUCCUAUACUCUACAUGCUCAUCUUCAUCCUGGGCCUCACUGGAAAUGGUGUGGUCAUCUUUACUGUAUGGAGGUCCCAGUCCAAACGGAGAGCUGCGGACAUCUACAUUGGAAACCUGGCUCUUGCUGACCUGACUUUUGUGGUGACCCUGCCACUGUGGGCUGUCUACACUGCACUGGGAUACCACUGGCCCUUUGGUGUGGCCCUCUGCAAGAUCAGCAGCUAUGUGGUGUUGCUCAACAUGUACGCCAGUGUCUUCUGCCUCACCUGCCUGAGCCUGGACCGCUACAUGGCCAUCGUUCACUCCCUCACCAGCACUCAGCUGCGGACCAGAGGACACAUGCAGGCCUCGCUGGCCACCAUCUGGAUUCUCUCAGGUGUGCUGGCUGCACCUACCCUGCUGUUUCGCACCACGGUGUACGACUCUGAGACCAACCGCACCUCCUGCGCCAUGGACUUCAGCCUGGUGGUGAGCAAACCAGGCCAGGAGACCUUUUGGAUUGCCGGCCUCAGCAUCUCCUCCACCGCUCUUGGCUUUCUGAUCCCCCUUCUGGCCAUGAUGGUGUGCUACGGAUUCAUCGGCUGCACUGUCACACGUCACUUCAACAGCUUGCGCAAGGAGGACCAGCGCAAGCGUCGCCUGCUCAAGAUCAUUACCACAUUGGUGGUGGUGUUUGCUGCAUGCUGGAUGCCCUUCCACGUUGUGAAAACCAUGGACGCCCUUUCAUACCUGAACCUGGCUCCUGACUCCUGCACCUUCCUGAACCUCCUUCUGCUGGCCCAUCCCUACGCAACCUGCCUGGCGUACGUCAACAGCUGCCUCAACCCUCUCCUCUAUGCCUUCUUUGACCUCCGCUUCCGCUCCCAAUGCCUCUGCCUCCUCAACCUGAAGAAAGCCCUUUACGCCAGUCCUGCCAGCUCCCUUUCUUCACAGAAGACCGAGGGCCAGUCGCUGGCUACUAAGGUGUGAGGAGGUGGGUGGAAGGGUGACGCAGAAUUGGGGUAACAAGUCAGCAACUAUCCUUGAACUGUUACAUCCUUCACAAGAACUCAAAAGUAAGUGUUUUUGGGGACAAGCAGACUUUCCUUCUGUAACUGACUAUGGGAACUUGAGGAACCAGUUUCCCCUGUCCCAGGACUAUACAUAGGUGCUCUGUGAACUGCAAAGGGGAAUGUUCUGAUUCUGAAGAACUUGAUGCAGUCUGUUUGUCCUGGAGAUCAUAAGCAGACCGGAGCCACCUCCGGAGAGCAGACUACCUCCGACAGCUGCGCUCCAGACGUGCGGGACAGAGUUGAAUGUAUGUUGGGGAGAACGAGCGAGAGAUUUUCUGUUGCCCUCCGCCUCUACAUCUCUUGUGGCUCCAGAUUUGCCUCUGGAGCUUCAUAGACUUACAUGGAGCUGCAGGGUGGUGGGUGGUCCACGGAGAUGUUUGAGAGUAAUUUAUGGACUCUUUAAACUCUUUGAAACUGUAUUAGUGCAUUUAACCAUGCUCCUUACUGUCUUGUUUUUCUCGGUUGCUUUAUUUUUUGUCAUUUAAGCACUUGUUCAUAUAGGGCAGAGAUAAGAACCUUGAUGGCCAAUCUGUCUUAUGUAAACCUUCAAGAUGGGGAGGGAGGGAUGGGUGUCUUACUUGAGAAGAAGUGUUGCAGCUUGAUUAAAGACUUUCAGGGGGGAGGUGGGUGUUUUGGGGGAGACGAAAACAUGGAGGGGGGUGAACUCAGACAGACAGAUGGCUGUUGACAAAUGUUGUCGGGGAAAAGGGACAUCCAAUUAAUAGGUGGCAGCUUCGACAGAUGAGAUACCGUGUGUGCGAAUGUGAGCUAUAAUGAAAUGUGUGCCAGAUGAAUUUUUAUUUUGAAAUAAACUUCUGUAUGAUGCUUUUAUGCAAUACUCUAUGAAUAAAAUGUGUAUAAUGAA